UAUCAUCAGACAUGCUAUACUUUUUGGGCAAUUGUUCUUCGUUUCUAACCUGGAAAGAGUAAAAUUAGAAAUAAAUAUGAAUGUGGUGAGUGGUGCGAUUUCUGCUUCAUCAUCCUCAGCUGUCGCGGUUGGUUCCCCCUUUUGCCGCGUCUGCUUUUCCUCCUCCAAAACCCUAAUUUCUUCGUUUUGGAGGACGGGCAACACGAUGCCUCAAUUCUCUUCUUCCGCUUCUCCAACUACCCCCACUGCCUCGCCGCCCGCGGUGGAGGUGGAGCCGCUGCAACCCAAACCAAAGCCAUGGCUUGUUGUCGGACUUGGAAACCCCGGAAAGAUGUACCGAGGCACCCGCCACAAUGUAGGUUUUGAGAUGGUAGACGCCAUCGCUGAAGCUGAAGGGAUAUCCAUGAGCAGUGUUUCCUUUAAAGCCCUGUUUGGAAAAGGUUUUAUUGGAAAUGUUCCAGUUAUGCUCGCCAAACCACAAACUUUCAUGAAUGCAAGCGGUGAGUCUGUUGGAGCCAUUGUUAAAUACUACAAGAUUCCGUUGAAGCAAGUACUUGUGAUCUUUGAUGACUUAGAUUUGCCUUUUGCUAAAUUGCGGUUAUUGCCAAAGGGUGGACAUGGAGGUCACAACGGGAUGAGAAGUGUUAUUGACCAUUUCAAAGGGAGCCGUGAUUUUCCUCGUUUAAGAAUCGGCAUUGGGAGGCCCCCUGGGAAAAUGGAUCCUAUCAACUAUGUUCUUCGCUCAUUCAAUAGACAAGAACGCCAAGAGUUGGAUUUCACAAUUCAAAAUGGCGUGGAAGCAGUGCGGAUUCUUUUGCAGGAAGGUUUGAAUAAGAGCGCAACAUUUGUUAACAGUGCCAAAUCUCUGGAACAACUCCAUUAAAUAAAUUCUCGAAUUAUAUUAUUUUUGGUCAUUACACAAGGAGAAGGGAAUUUGUUGAAGGAGAUUCCACUUUAUGCUGAAUCCCUGCGGAUUUGCAGUUUCCAGGAUGGAGCAAAACCACAAGAAUACACUAGAGAAUAGUUUGAAGCCCCCACUUUUUUUUUUUUUUUUUUUUUUUUUAAUUCUUUGGAAUUGGUGAGAAUUCCGAAUUAAUUUUAUAUACAUUCUAUACUAUUUUCUGACAUUAUUUCUCUUGGACAAACCUGCUAGUGAGUGGACUAUAGUUUGUGCUAGAAAAAUUAAUGUUGUGUGCGUCUCCUAAGGCUUCACAAGGCUGUGCAAGGUCUACCCUUACCGACCUAACUUGGUUUUGGAUUUUAUUGAAUGAUAAUAUUUUCUUUUGCA